UUGAUACCGCCGUGCCACUACUUCCAGAUGGGAUGUUGCACGAAAGGUGCAGCUUGCAAGUUUUCUCACAGUCAUGCUGCAUCGCGAUCGAGACAGGAAGACACUUUGCGCAUGGAAGCCUUGCGACUACAGGUGGAGUAUUACCUCAGUGAUGAGAAUUUGUUGACCGACAAUUUCUUCCAGGACUUGAUCCACAGCAGUGAAGGAGGAUGGAUCGCGAUCGAAAGCUUUCUAGGCUGCCCGCGAAUCCACCAGCUGCGGGCCACAGCAACGGAGCUCAUUGCGGCACUGCGGUGGUCCAAGCAGCUUCGGCUGCGGGAGUGGCCACAAGGAAAGGAGGCAGUUUGCCGCACAUCACCACCACCUAAGCCAAAGGUGCAUGCAACUACUGUCCCUGUCCCGGCUGGGGAAGAUACCCUGGAGUUUAGGCCACUGAAAUUGCUCCGGGACUUCACAAAAGGAUGGCAGGCCGUGGUGGAGGAUGUGGAUCGCCGAUCCUUCUGCUUCGUGAAGCGGACGAGUGCGCCUGAAGAUGUGCUGCGACAGGAAUUCGACCUGCUGCUGUCAUCUGGACACUGGCAGACACUGACAAGCAAAACAGGCGCCGUCACGAGAAGCACUGCAUGGUAUGUGUCUCCAGGAUGCUGUUGCCGCUAUGUCUACGGCGACACCGCUGUACUGCCACGAGACAAGCCGCGUUGGCUUGCUGAUGUUGAGGCCAGGGUCCUCGGAGAGCUCUGUGGGCUCAGAGAGGACGAGUGGCCGAACAGUGUAAACAUGAACCUCUAUGAGGACGAGUCGCAAAACGUGGGCUGGCACUCCGAUGACGAGGGUCUCUUCCGCGGUUGUCAGGCAGACUGUCGGAUCAUCUCAGCCUCCUGGGGCGCUUCGCGGAGAUUCGAGGUAGCUGUGAAGGACCGGAACCACGUUUCUGGAAAGCCCAGCGUCUUCUAUGACACGCUCAAUAGUGUUACCCUGAACUCAGGAGAUCUGUGCACCAUGGAGGGGCUUUUCCAAAAGCACUUCUCACAUCAAGUGGCCAAGGGAAACUCUGUGGAGAGUCCGAAGUCAUCAGACUCCACCAAUUCGGAGAGCAUGGCAUCUCCUGAAGAGACAUCACGAUAUAGAUCGGCUCGAAUAAAUCUCACCUGGCGCUACAUAGUCAGUCAUAGAUCAUACUGCCGGCGAUCUCGGCCAGAUGGGGAAAGUCCACGACUCCAGCCGCCUUAA